GAGGGAGAGGGAGAGAGAGAGAGAGAGAGAGACACACAGCUAACGGACAUGGAGGAGUUUCUGACGAACUGUCGAAGGACACUGCUGUUGGGCUCUGAACGGCCCAGUCCACGGUACCACGUGGUUCUGGGAAAUGAGGCCUGUGACGUGGACUCCAUGGUGUCUGCGAUGGCCUACGCCUACUUCCUGUCCAAGACUCUGUGCAGUGACGUGCUCGCUCUCCCUCUCAUGAAUAUCCACAGUCAUGAGCUCGCUCUUCGCUCUGAUAACAUCUUCCUGUUGCGUCAGAGCGGUGUGUCACAUGACCUCCUGACCUUCAGAGACCAGCUGGACCUGAGGGCGCUGCACAGAGAACAACGUCUGCACCUGACACUGGUGGACCACAACGUCCUGUCCAGUUCAGACAGUGACCUGGAGGGGGCAGUGGUGGAGGUGAUUGACCAUCACCUGCUGGAGAGAAAGCUGUUGCCAUCCUGUCCUGUUACCGUGGAAACAGUGGGAUCCUGCGCCACCUUGGUAACGGAACGAAUCGUCAAGGAAGCUCCGGACAUCCUGAACCUGCAACUCGCCCAACUGCUCUACGCUGCAGUGGUGUUGGACUGUGUGAACAUGGCGCCCUCUGCAGGAAAAGUGACUCCUAAAGACAGUCAGUUUGCCGCCAUGUUGGAGCGUCGUUUCCCCGCUCUGCCACAGAGGGGCGCUCUGUUCACUGCACUACAGAACGCCAAGUUUGAUGUCUCAGGUCUGGACACUGAGCAGAUGUUGUUAAAGGACAUGAAAGUCGUCUCAGGAAGUUUGCGUCUCGCUGUCUCUGUCCUCUACAUCACACUGGAGGAGUUCCUGCAGAGGGCGGAGCUGGAGGCGGAGCUCUCAGCUUUCUGUCAAAAGCUUGGAUUUGAUUUGCUGCUGAUGAUGACCAUCUCCUUCACUGAGAGCAAAGAGCCAAUCAGAGAACUCGCUGUGUUCAGCCACAGCACCACCUGCAGGCAGCAGGUGAGCCACUUCCUGGAAGAGGCCCAUAGCCCCGCCCUCAACCUCUGUCCAAUCAGCAGCCCCCAUCCUCACAUCACAGCCUAUCAUCAAGGAAACGCCGUGGCGUCUCGUAAGAAGCUCCUCCCCAUCGUCAAAAAUUUCCUGAAGCAGCUGGAUGGAGACGGUUGUCUAGGAGAUGGGGAGGGGGAGGAGUCAGUUGUCCCUCCCACACCAAUGAACAGUCUGGUCGAGGGUUGUCCUCUAGAUGGCGCUCUGCCCCACAUCAGCACUCAGGACCUGGUGGACAAGGUCAACAAGAUGGCCGACAGAGGAGGGGAGGAGUCUGACCUCUGACCUGUCAAUGACAGCAGACCCAAGAACUCUGUCCUCAGCUGUGUCCUCAGCUCUGUCCUGUGUCCUCAGCUGUGUCCUCGGCUCUGUCCUGUGUCCUCAGCUGUGUCCUCGGCUCUGGUCCUGUGUCCUCAGCUCUGUCUUCAGCCGUGUCCUCCUCCCCUGCACAUGUGGGCGGAGUUUCUGUCCUGUUACCAUGGAGAGGCUUUUAUUGUGAAUGACGGAAUAAAGUGAGUGAAGUGAAAA